CGCACUUAAUCCAGGGGCGGAAAAAACUAGCUACAGAGAUUCAUUCCUUGGAAACAGCCCACCGGUUGAUAUCCCGGAAGGCGACGACCUAAUGUCCGAUGAAUCAUAAACAGAAGAUGCUGAGGAUGAUCCGGACUGUCCGACCAUCCGAAUCAAAAAGAGAACCAAUGCCAAGAUCUGCAACAGAUGGCGACUUGCAAUUACUUUCAGAAUCCUUGGCCGAACCUUCCCCUUCGCCCUUGUCCAGAGCAGGGUUCAACGAAUGUGGGCAAAGACAGGUGGACUCAAGGUGGGUGAUAUUGGAAAUGGAUAUUUUCAGGCAACUUUUAAUUCCCAGCUGGAUCACAACCGAGCUCUGUAUGGCGGCCCGUGGACGAUCGAAGACCACUACAUCGUCUCGGAGCCAUGGAGACUCGACUUCGAUCCCGACUUCGACACGAUCAACAGAACGGCGGUCUGGGUCCGCCUCCCCCGCCUCCCGUUAGCUUAUUUUGAUGAAGACAUCCUGUAUGACAUUGGCAACAAAAUUGGAAGGGUGGAGAAGAUUGACUAUAACACGGCCAACGGAUUCAGGGGUAACUACGCCCGAAUCUGUGUGGAAGUUGAUCUCCAAAAAAGGUUAGUGUCCAAGUAUAGAAUCAAAAGAAGGGUGAGAUGGAUUGAAUAUGAAGGGCUGCACAUCGUGUGCUUUGAAUGUGACCAUUACGGUCACCUUGCAGAGAAAUGCUCACAAAAACAGAACAUGGAAAGUCAGAGCAUGAAUGAUGGAGGGACACAAGCUAACCAAGCACCCCCGAGUCAGGUAAUUCGCCCAGAAAUUUUGGAGGAUUUUGGGCCAUGGAUGUUGGCAACCAGAACGAAAAGGAAAGGCAACCAACAAAGAAAGAAACAAACGACUGGAAAGGAGAAUGGCGAAGUCAGGGAGACAACAGGGAAAGCCUCUGGCUCGAGAUUCAGCGCCUUAGACACUGAAACUGAUGUUCAAACAGGGGAAGAAAUUACAGAAAAUCAUGGUGAGAACCAGAACAACAAUGAUAUGGAAACGGAGCAAGAGCAGGAAAAUCAGACAGGAAUUUCAACAAAGGCAGCAACUAAGGAAGGGAAACAGGUGAAGAUGAACACUGGGAAAGCAAGUGGGGAAGCUAGUAAAGGUCAGAAAUCCAACACAAAGGGGAUGUCUCGCAAGGAGAACCAGAAGGCUUCUCCGGUGCUACCUAAGCAAAGCAAGGAUAAGGAUAAGGUACCAAGCCCCAUCAAGACAAACCAGAUCCAAGGUAAUAAGGCUGGGAAAGGAACUUCUACUCAAGGUGCUGUCUCCCCUGCUAGGAUACACAAGCUAGGAGUCCUUGUCUCUUCUUCUUCUGCUUCAGGAAAAGUUGGAAUGGGGAAAGGAGUUGCUGCAGAAGCAAAAUCUGGCCACCAGCCAAAAAUGAAGCAAGGGGCAGAUAGAAAGGAGGAUAAGCAAUCCACCAAGGAAGGAGUGAAGAAUCAUACCAUUGGGGAAACAGUCCCUAGGAAGAUUGACUUCAAUCCACCGAGGAAAGAGAAAGUCAACAGGCCAGAAGAUGCCAUUGAAUUGAAGGAGUCUGCUUUAGGCAGGAUUCCAGAGGUUCAAAAGACGGCACUAGCCGUCGACAAAGGAGAUUCCUGACCCAUCGGGUCGUUGCAGGACAGACCCCCCCCCUUUUCCUUAAUGGUUAAGUUUCUUUCCUGGAAUUGUAGGGGUGCCUUGCAUCCCAAGUUUUUGUCUACUUUGGAGCUCUACAAGGCUAGCUUCAAACCUGAUGUUGUUUGUAUUCUUUAACCACGAAUUAGUGGCAGAGAUGCUGAAAGGGUUAUCAAAUCUAUUGGCUUUGAUACCUGGAAAGUUUCUGACGCUGUGGGUUUCAGUGGAGGAAUCUGGGUGCUUUGGAACAGAAGCAACCUCAACCUGGAGCUUGUGGAUAACCAUAAGCAAUUCCUCCACUUUUAAUGCACUGAUGGAGGUAGAACUACCUUCCUCUUCACGGUUGUUUAUGCUUGUCCAAAUGAGUAUGAUAGGAGGGACUUGUGGCAAUGCCUGAGAAACAUUGAUUGUGGUACUAAUAUCCCUUGGAUGCUCUCCGGAGACUUCAACUCUAUCACCAAGCCCUCAGAGAAGCAAGGUGGGGCACCAUUCAAUGCUGCCAAGGCUAAAGCCUUCAAGGACUGUAUCGAUGAGUGUGGGUUUAUUGAUCUCGGGUUCAAAGGACCAAUGUUCACUUGGUUUACCAGAUCGACAAGUCUCAGGGAAAGGCUGGAUAGGAGCUUGUGUAACCUGGAAUGGCAACAAAAAUUUCCUGCCACU